ACUGGAAAGCUGGCAGGUACUAUGGGGAAAAAACAGAACAAGAAGAAAGUGGAGGAGGUGCUAGAAGAGGAAGAGGAAUAUGUGGUGGAAAAAGUUCUUGAUCAGCGGGUUGUCAAGGGCAAAGUGGAAUAUCUUCUAAAGUGGAAGGGUUUCUCAGAUGAAGACAACACAUGGGAACCAGAAGAGAACCUGGGUUGCCCUGACCUUAUUGCUGAGUUUCUGCAGUCACAGAAAACAGCCCAUAAGACAGACAAAUCAGAGGGAGGAAAGCGCAAAGCCGAUUCCGAUUCUGACGAUAAGGGAGAGGAAAGCAAACGAAAGAAGAAGAAAGAAGAGUCAGAAAAGCCACGAGGCUUUGUCCGGGGUUUGGAGCCUGGGCAGAUUAUUGGGGCUACUGACUUCAGUGAAGAACUCAUGUUCCUGAUGAAAUGGGAAAACUCUGAUGAGGCUGACCUGGUCCCUGCCAAGGAAGCCAAUGUCAAGUACCUAUAGGUUGUCAUAUCUUUCUGCGAGGAAAGGCUAACGUGGCAUUCCUACCCCUCAGAGGAUG